AUGAGCAAAGACUCCUCUCCAACGCACAUCCACAUGCACCACCCGCGUCUAGCAGACUACUUCGAAGACUUCACGCGCCCACAUACAAGCCAAACUGCAUCGCUAGCUUCAUCGUCCUCGUCCUCACACACAUACCAUAACCACACGGUCACAUAUGGCUCCUCGUCGCCGGCUCUGAUCCCCUCUUUCCUCCCCGUCGAGGAGAUCUACGUGGCGCCGCAGUAUCAGCCGCCGAACCCAGAGGACGAGGACGACGUUGUUCCUGACCAGCACGCGGCAUUUGGAAUAACGAGGGCUAUGGAGAGACGCAGGGAAACUGUUUGGAGGGAUUUGGGACUUGAGGGGUUAGUUACCAGUGGUGGGGCUGGUGCGAGGGGUGCAGCGAAGGGGGGGAAAGUGAGAGUUAAGGAUGCGGGGAGAUUGAUGGGUGGAAAGAGGGUUGUUUGUUUGCGGUGA